UUCUGUUGCCUGAAUGCGUCCAUGGCUGCUGGCAGCCAGGAGGACAUGUGGGGAAACGUUUGCUGUCCCUGCUGACAAAAGCUAACCAAAGUGAAGGGUUUUGAAAAGCAGAGCCUGUUACAGAAGAUGUCAUCACCUUGAAGUUAGCAUGCAUGGUUAGCAUGUUCAGCUCCAUGUUUGGUGUUGCCGCAAGCCGGAUUCCUUCAGCGCUCACACUGAGUGUCCAAAGAUCACGUCCCGGCUGGUCUCCAUCUCUGUCCCGCCACCAUCUGGCCAAAAACCCAAUGUGUAGAUGUGAACUCAUUCUGCUCACAAAACAGUCAUUCAGUUUGGUUCUGAUACUCAAGGUCUCCUGAGGAUGAACCACAGAGAUUUUGAUGAUCCCUGACCGUUCAGCUUGGGCCCACAUGAGACUGACAUUCAGCAUUUUGAGCAAAAUGUCUUAAUUAAUGUCGUCAGGAAAUCUGCUGCAGAUGUUGAAGGUUCCAAGUGGACGAGUCCUGCCAAUUCUGGCAAUCGCCCAACUUUUCAUCUAGCGCCACCCUGAGGUUGAUAUCCAGACAUUCAGGCUUUCCUCUGGAUGAUUCUUUAUAAAUUUGGGUUUUAAUGCCACCUUCAAGUCAAAACUUUAUUUUGUCCAGUACUUUGGUCUAUGAGUAAAUUAGACAUCUGAACGGUUGCCCAAGUCUUUACUCCUGAAUUUAAACGGUACCUUGGUACCUUAACUUGUUGGGACGGACUAUUUCUCCCCAAGUGGAAGGUGACAAGAACUAAAAUGAAAACAAACAAAUUUACUAAAUUCAAUCUGGAACAAGGAACACAGAUAGUAAAAUGAAACUGGCAGCCCAAUGAGAGGCAGAGGAGUCAUUGGCAGAUAAACUGAGACAAUAUCACUAUUCAGACCAGACUGACACCCAACAGAAAUAGUCAAAUGAGGCCUCUCGUCUUCCUUCUGGGAGUCAAACAUUGUCCGAGCAGAGAGCAUGCAGGGUGCGCUAACACAGCUCUGUCAGCUCCUGGCAAACGUAUGAGGAUGGAGAAGAAGUCAAGCGUGGACCUCCGCAUGGAGGCAUCAGAAGGAGGCCUGAAGGAGCUGGUCCAGAGGUGGUUCACCGAGACGCAGGCGCCGCUCAUCCUCAACAACGGAAACUUCCCCGACUGGUUUCUAGGCUUCACUGCAAGAAAGGACACAGAGGAUCUGUUGAGAGAUAAAGCUCUGGGCUGUUUUUUCAUUCGCCUCAGCGAUAAAGCCAUCGGAUACAUCCUGUCCUACAGGGGCCAUGACAGGUGCCGCCAUUUUGUCAUCACCCAGAAUCAAGAUGGACAGUUCGUCAUAUCAGGAGACUGUCAGACGUACGGCAGCCUGACAGAGCUGAUAGAGUAUUACAAAGUCAGCCCCAUCCAGCCCUUUGGAGAAUACCUGACCUCCAGCUGCUAUGAGGUAAACACAGGUGAGCUGUACGAUGUGGUGAAUUACAAAACCAAAGGGACGUCUGGGGUGAGUGUCCAGGCUCUGCGGACUCUGUGGGACCAGAGGACUGAUCAUCAGCGCCACCCUGGCAAUGAUCAAAGAUCUCAAAAUGAACUUCCAGUGCAGCCGCCUGCGCUGCCGCCUAAAUCUAAAAGCAGGAAGCUGACAGGAGUGGUGUCUGUGGACACAGUGACCCUCUCACAGGGUUUGCCUCCAGUUCCAAAGAGAGGUCUUCCUCUGGGCUUCACCCUGAGUGGAUCUUUGCCUGACACGUCACGUCCAAGCGAGACCGACCCAAACAGAUUAGAGAGACGCAGAGGAAACACCAACCCAGCGCUAAUGUCUGACUCCAUUCACACCACCGACACCAGCCGUCCAGGUGAUCUCUGGAUCACACACUCAGAGCCCACACAGGUGGAGGCCAGAAGCAAAUCCCUACCGAGACUGAACAACAUGGAAGAGCACGAGGAGGCGGAGGCGGAGGCGGAGGAGGUGGUGGAGGUGGAGGAGGAGGAGGAGGAGCAGGAGGAGGAGGAAGAGGAAGAGGAGUACUCUAACCGGCUCAGUAGUCCCUCCUUCACUUCGUCGACAUCAUGUGCACCCGCUCCGAUGAAGAGAGUCACCUGUCACACCUACUCCCUCCACGAUCCCAGAGACAUGAGCAGCUCCAGAUCAGAGCAGCAGGCUGAGGACGUGGAAAUGUCCAGGUCCAACCCGCUGUACCAGGCCCCCGAGGGGCCCGGACGGAGCGCCGCACCGCAGGGAGGCGCCACGUACGCCGAGGUCCCCCAGAGGCCGAAGCCUGCAGGGCUGGUGGACGACACCUACGAGCUGAUCCCCACGCAGGCCGUCCAAGGAAACACUUACGAGUCCCUCGAGGAUAUGAAGACCAAGAAGUCCAAAUCCACCUGGGGGAAAAAUAAUAUAAAAUGGAAGAAAUUCCUUCCUGAUUACAAGAAGAAAUAAACACGACUGAAAGGACUGAGUAUUACAAAUAAUAAACUUAAAGAAUAUAACUUUGAUUUUUAUUAAAGAAGAAAAUUGUGUAGAAUUCAGAUGUUUAAACUUCAACAUUUUCUGGUCAUUUUCCUUUAAAUUUAAAAUGUUUUGUAUAACAUGAGUUUUGUAAAUUUUAGUAAACAAUAUUAAGAUGCAUUUUCUUUCUAUUAUUCUAUUAUUACUAUUAUCAUGAAUAUUAUUGUUAGUAGUUGUACAGUGGUAGUAAUGGUGGUGGCAUUAAAGGAACAGUUCACCCAAAAAGGGAAACUCAGUCAUUUUCUCCUCCCCUCCGUGUUGAUCUGAAGUAGGAUGACAUUUCUUCUUCCAAAAAACAUUUCAGGAGCUUCACAGCAAAACAGUGCAGCAGCAUUCUGCUAAACAAAUAAAAACCAACAACAAUAAAAACAAACACAAAACGGCCCCACACAGCUCAUCUGGCAUAAUCCAAGUCUUCAGAAAGCCUGAGAUUCCUGGUGUUGUCAGAGUACGAUAUGUCCCAAAGUGAUGUCCACAUUUAUGUCGGCCUCUCAGGCACUGAGCAGGUGACACCAAUAACCCCAAGAGGGUUCAGGGCUUAAAUCUGGGUGUGUGGAGCCAGAGGAAGACGUGAGCUGCCGAGCUGCAUUGUGGGUAAUGAAGGAGCCAUGUUUUUACACAGAAGACUGUAUGGAAUAAAAACCAUCUCUGGUUCUGCUGCACUGACUGUUCAUGGUCCAUCACGAGUCUGUCUGUCUGUUGUCCUCCUCGGUCCUCAUCUUCUC